UAUUUUCUACCUAAUGGACGUGCUACGAGGCCCGCUCGCGCUCGUUCCGUGAAGAUUUAUUUGGAAAUAAGCAAUUAAAUUAUUUCACGCGUGUAUCAGUUACGAACUAAGUGCCGAAAUUAAAUAAUCUAGACUUCCUUUAGUCUCUAAAACUGUCUAGGACUUUGUUGGAGACUUCAAUUGCGAGUUAUCCGCAAUAAUAACAAGCUGAGUAAUCUAAUAUAGUUGCUAUCGAAAAAUGGACGAGACGUGACACAUAACAAAAGCAACACAUCCUAAACUCAAAUCUCGAUCUCAGAUAAGUCAAAAUGCCGGCCAUACUAACAAAGAUUCGGGAGCAGGCGUCGCGGGUUCAGCCGUCGAUCGCUGUAGGCGUUGGUGUUGGCGUGGCCUUAGCCGCUUGUGCGUUAUACGGCACUAGGGAGAGAAAGCAGGCUCCUUGUAACAACAACAAUAAUAAUUAUAAGAUCGCAAAAAAUGGCGAACUACAUUCUGUUCAGAAUGGUUCCAAUGGGCAAACUUGUGGCGGGCGAUGCGGCGCGGAGCAGUGCGCCCUCUGUCGGGGCGACGUCGACACCGACAACAAACAGAAUAUUGAAGACGCCGAAGAACCAGCGCCAGAAGAAAAACACGUCCCUGGACUAAACCUGGAGUUCCUCCGGCAAAUGGUGUCUCUAGCCAAGAUUAUGGUACCCGGGUUCCGUAGCCACGAGGUCGCCUUGCUGACUGGACACACACUGUGCUUGUUCACGAGGACUUUGCUCUCUAUUUAUGUUGCUGCUUUAGAGGGGUCUAUAAUGAAACACAUAGUCCAAAAGGACCUCAAGAAAUUCGCUGCCCUUCUCCUUCAAUGGUUCGGAAUCGCCAUCCCGGCCACCUUCAUCAACUCCAUGAUCCGAUAUCUGGAGAGCAGACUAGCUCUGGCCUUCAGGACGAGACUGGUCAACCAUGCUUAUGACAUGUACUUCAAGAAUCAGACGUACUAUAGGGUGGCGAAUUUGGACGCCAGGAUUGAAAACGCUGAUCAUAGAUUAACAGAAGAUGUGUCAGUGUUUACGCAGUCUGUGGCACAUCUGUACGGGUCUCUGACGAAACCCUGUUUCGACCUGCUCCUCAUAGUGCUGACGCUCGCCAGCUAUUCUAGCAAGAUGAAGGGCAACAUUUUCAUUGGUCCCGGUUUCGCUACAGUGGUAAUCUGCAUGACUGGUCAAGUCCUGCGUAUGCUGUCGCCUCGUUUCGGAGCUCUGGCUGGCGAGGAAGCCAGGAUGAAGGCCAACCUUCGCCACGUCCACGCUUCUAUCAUAGCUCAUGCUGAGGAGGUGGCUUUCUACGGCGGCCACAAGGUGGAACUAGGCCAACUACAAUCAGCCUACAAGGAACUAGUCGCGCAAAUGACCGGAGUCUUCAACAAGAAGCUGUGGUACGUCAUGCUAGAGCAAUUCUGCAUGAAGUACGUGUGGAGCGGCACCGGCAUGGUCAUGCUAGCGCUGCCCAUCCUCACCGGGACCAAGGGCGACGGAUCGGCGAGUGAAGGUAUCAGCGCCCGAACAGAGUACAUGACUACUUCUAGGCAUCUGCUGAACUCUGCUGCUGACGCCAUUGAGAGGCUCAUGUCCAGUUAUAAGGAAGUAGUGACGCUAGCGGGCUACGCUGAACGUGUCUCCGACAUGUUGGACGUGUUUGGCGAGGUGGCGCGCGGAGAAUGCGUUCGAAACGUCCACGUCUCCGCUUCCAAGGACAACCCUAACGCCUUCCAGGUCACGUUUAGGGACAAGCGGCCUGUUCCACAAGGAAAAAUUACCUACACGAACGACCUAUCAAUCCGACUUCGCAACGUGCCAAUAGUGACGCCAGCGUGCGACGUGGUCGCUAGCGGAGUGUCACUAGACAUAGCACCAGGCACACAUCUACUUAUAGUUGGACCCAAUGGCUGUGGCAAAUCCAGUUUGUUCCGCAUAAUCUCCGGAUUAUGGCCGGUGCACGGCGGCUCGCUGGCCGUGCCGCGGCCCUGCGCAUGCGCGCACUGCGCCGACGACGCGCCACCUACAGGCCACUGCACUUCCAGGCCUAUCAUGUUCUACAUCCCUCAGAGACCAUACAUGUCCAUGGGCUCUCUAAUGGACCAAGUGACGUAUCCGACUCGCGUUUCGCCCGACGACCAGGAAGCAUUCGAUCGCGCCACACACAUCCUCAAGGUCGUGCGGCUCGACGCAUGCGCGGCGCGGCAUGGCGGCCUCAAGGCCGUGCGCGACUGGCGCGCCACGCUCAGCGGCGGAGAAAAGCAGAGAAUGGCCAUGGCUAGGAUGUUCUACCACAUGGGGGUCAUGACCCCCCUGGUAAGUUAUACAAAUUGA